CAGUUGUAGGCACGUCACCUGGAGCGAGUUGCGGGCGGUAGUACAGUGCUCGCGAACAGGGGAAGAGGUCGCUAGUCGCUGCUGCUAAACUGGGGGUGUGGUGCGAGUUAGCUAUGAGCUGUGAUACCUUUUGUUAGUGGCCAACAUGUCUUCCGACGAAGAACUUGAUGAGUACCCCGAUGGCACCGUCAAGCUACGGAACCCGAACAUAGAGCUGAUGGACCAGGAUAUUUUGUACCACCUGGCACUAGGCAGCGAGUCACAUGAUCUGGUCAGCAUGUUCGGCGAUGUGAAGUUCGUGUGCAUGGGCGGGACCCCUAAACGCAUGGAGCAGUUUGCUUACUACAUCAUGGAGGAAAUCGGACACAAGCUGCCGGCCGGAACAAUGCUACAGGACAUCAGCCAGUACUCCUACCGCUACUCCAUGUACAAAGUGGGGCCCGUUCUAUCCAUCAGCCACGGGAUGGGAAUCCCUUCGGUCGGCAUCUUGCUGCACGAAGUCAUCAAGCUCAUGUACCAUGCAAAGGUGCGGGACCCGAUAUUCUUCCGCAUCGGCACGUGUGGGGGCAUCGGUUUGGAAGGUGGCACUGUCGUUAUAACCGAGGACGCCGUGGACGGAAUGAUGCAGCCUUUCCUCGAACUGUCAGUACUGGGUAAACUGGUGAAGCGACCUGCAAAACUGGACAAGAAGUUGGCACGAGAACUGCGAGCCUUGUCGGAGCCUGAUGACCCAUACGAAACUGUCACUGGCAAAACCAUGUGCACCUAUGACUUCUACGAAGGUCAAGGACGGCUAGAUGGUGCAUUCUGUGACUUCACAGAGUCAGACAAAAUGCAGUAUCUUAACAGAAUCCACAAGGCAGGAGUUGUCAACAUCGAAAUGGAGUCCUUAUCUUUUGCAGCACUUACACAUCAUGCGGGUAUCAAGUCAGCUGUCAUAUGUGUCACACUCAUGGACAGGCUAAAGGGAGAUCAGGUGCUGGCACCUAAGGAAGUACUGGAUGAGUGGCAGCAGAGACCCUGCAGCCUUGUCUCCCGUUACAUCAAGCGGUACUUGAGCAUGAAAGGCCACCUGUCACUGGACGGACACUGUGGCUCCAUGUGCGUCAAAAGCCCACGGAGAUUCAAACUCGUUCAGCAGGAGUCUGAGAACUAUGACUAGAUGACCACCAUUGCUACUUCAUAGGUAAAGAAGAGGCUUCUCUGUUGCGUUACAUGAGUUUUCAGACUGCUGGGAGAACCGAAGUCUUUCGUUUCAUGAGAGCAGUUGCUAAUAAAGGGAUUAUCAGUUAUUUUCUUAGGAGCAAACUGAACUCAGACCUUUCCAUCAUGUCUUUAGUUUUUUCUGGUGCUCUUUUCUCACAUUUUUUAAUGAAAAUGAAUGUACUGUAGACCCUCAUUUUAUGCCAGGGUUGUGUUCCUGGAGAUGCCGGCAUGUAUUGAAUUGACAUAGAUGAAAGCCUAAUUAUUAUACAUAUUUCAAUGGGAUGCAUUACAAGUAUAGAAAAGUUUAGACUUCUUUCACAAAAUAAUACAAAACAUUUAUAUAUUUUACAAACAAACACUAUAUGCUCCCAUUCAUAUCACAUUUGUUCUGCAGUAAAAUAUAAUUAUGUGUGGGCGUUACUGAUGAGAGGAAUGCCCUGGCUGUAGACUGUGAGGGUCAAGUGGAUCAUCUUCUGCCAUAUCUGAAUUAAUUGAAGGCUGCUCAGCAAGGUUGGCUGCCUUGCUUCAUGCCUCCUCUCCUGCAGAACAUGGCAGCAAUGCUACAACACUGCAUUGACUCCUCAUCUAACAGAAGAGCUCUGUUCCCAGUCAGGACCACUGUUGCCUAAUGUCUGCAGGCACCUAUCAACACCCAGCAGAUCAUGGCUUUCUACAGAACACAAAACAGGCUCUUUUUAUUCUUCCUGUUCCUGAGCAAGGACCGUCCUUGGUAGCAGGAGCACAGUAUAUAAUUUUCCAGAAAUUGGGGGGAACACAAAGGAAAUUAAUAUAAAAUUUUUGAACUGACAGGUACAAGUAUCCUAAUUGGCAUACAUCAAACUGUCGUAAACCAAGGGCCCACUGUGAAUCAUUGCUUUUCAGUGACACUGAAAAUUUAAUAACAUUAAUUAAAUACCUCAGCACUGCUUAGUAACUGUCCCCUUUGUACAGUAAAAAUUAAAAAGGGACUUUUCAAUUUAAAUUAUUUAUAACUGACAUAUGAGUGCUUGCUGUGUGUUUUUCAGCAAUAUUUGAAAUGAAGGGGUAUGAGGGUAUGAAGUACAAUAUAAUGGAGGGGACAAAAUUCAUUAAGCUCUGAGAACCCAGAAACAUAUUUAAACUGGUAUUCAGAAUAUACUAUUAAGCUGACUAUGUAAUGACUCAUACUUUCCUACAUUCCUUCUAAAAGAGAAAAUAUUAGAGAAAACCCUUACAUUAUUAAGCAAAAUUUGGUUCUGAAUGUCUCAUUUGAAUGAACUGUCUUCUUAAGAAGCAAGAUACCAAUUUCUUAUGAAUACAAGGCUUCAGUUCUUUCAGCAGCAAGUAUUCUCAAAGUAUGGCAAAACAUGGAACAUGGAGCAUUAUAUGAGGACACUGUGUGAUUCCAAAGGACACAAAGAGAUCUAUGGAAGCACAAUUUGAAAGUGAAGCAGAAGACGUUUAACAGACCAUGUAGGGCCAUCAAUGUUCAAAAUAACAGGCAAAGGUGAUUAUUAAGCACUGAUACUGAAAGGAUACACCCAACCACUGCUGCUCUUCUUUUGAUUGUACUUAUAUGGAUUCGGUUUCCUUGGGUAUUACAAUCAAAUUGACAUACUGACCAAAACUAAACCUGACCACAAUACAGACCACAUCCCUAACACUGGAUGCACUUGCUUUGCAUUUGGGAGGUUAGUUUCACUAAGAUUAUUCUUAUUUUUCCUCAGCCUCUGAAUGUAAUGUUGUGGUAGUAUCUUAAAAUAUCCCACAACUGUUUUCUUCUUAAUUCAUUAUUACUUGCUCCUUGCACAAAGAACACAAAUACAACUCCAAAGCUAAUGAAUGGAUUUUGAUUAACUCAGUACAGAUGGUCUAUACUAAAAGUCUUCAGGUAAAUUUAAUUUUGGUUAGCUAUUACUCAAACAUAACCUCUACUUCCAAUACAUUCUGAAAAUAAAUACUUGAAUGGCUGAAGCUGAUCAGUUUGGGCAAUCUUGACACUGAUUCUUUACAGCUGUAGACUGUAGAUCUUGUUGAAAACGUGUAAUUUUACCUCACUUUCAAAAUUUAUUUUGCAAUAUCAAAUGACAUGCAGCAAAUACAGUAUAAUUUUUGUUUAUGUACAUGAAGAUAUAAAUGUGGAAAAGUAUUGCAUGCAUAUGUUAAGAGUCUCUAAGUUCCACUGAACUGGAAGGAAAUGAUACAGAUUGUGAAGGCACGUGAUAUGCCAAGGAAAUCGAGUGCAGCAAAGAGUUUGCUGUACAGGGUUUUGUCAUUCCAGUUAAAGCUAAAGUUGUCCUUGUGCCUACACAUUAAACCUUGAAAGUAUGUAGGAUGGAUGGAAGUAAAAUACCACACAUUCUGGAUCUUAACAUUAGACAGAGGCAAGUGUUAUUAGUGAUCUGUUGCAAUACACGGUUUCUCUUCAUGCUGAUGCUGUUACAUCAGCUACAUUAAACGUCGUUUAUAUAUAAUAUUUUAGAAUUAUGAGUAUGUAAUAGGACAUUUAACCUUCUACUGGUGUAGCAAGAAAAAUGGUCAAAUGUGCAAAAGACAUAUGGGAUUGAGCAGUGUAAUAUUCAACAUUUAGCAGAAUAAUAUUCAAUAUCUAUGUCUAAAAUAUCAGGUGUUAAAGAUAAGUCAAACAAAUAAUUCCAGGAAAAUAUUAGCUAGUUAAGAGUAUAACAUGAAGUUUUUGGUGGUAAUUCACAGAAAAUCAAGUAAAUUGAUAAACCUGCAUAUUAUGCAAUAAUACAUACAAGAGUGUGCAAUGAAAUCUGAUAAACCUGCAUAGUAUGCAAUAAUACAUACAAAGUGUGCAAUGAAAUCUGAUAAUGCCUACAUUUUCUAUUUCCCAUAAACUCUAUAGUAAGGCACUGUCAUCAGUGAAAUAAUUAUUGGAACGUAAAUACUAUAAAAUAGCAAUGACUUCAACUUGAGUUUCAUAAGGAAUACUAUAAAAGCAGAGAAAUACAUUUUCACUGUAGAUAUUGUCAUGUGUUGGGUGUAUAAAGCGACAAAUAACUUCACGCCGUAUUGGAUAUAGCGAAUUUAUUGCACAUUUGCUCUUACAAUCACACAGUUUACAAUCUCACAAUUAAUGCCAUCGGCAGUAUCACAAAUAGUAGACUGCAAAUGCUCUUCCCUGGCCAACUCGUAACUAACUUGAGUAGUCUUCGCUGCUCCUUAUUUAGCCCCAUUACGGACAACACAGAAAACAGUUACAUAAUAGGCACCACUGUUGUCUGACACCGUGUUUGCCGACAGCCUAGCAACGCUGUCAGGAGUUGUUUACUGGUGAGUACCAAUGGUGGCAUCCCGUGUUACGUCACCGCUGGGGAGGGAGGGGGGUGUCCAACAUAGCGCAACACGUCACACUGCUCCUUCCAUAAGGCUGUUCGUCCUGAAUAGCCUAACGGUGCACCCCCAUUCCCUUUCUUUGGAGGCUGUGCUUUCUGCAUCUCCUGUUUUGGCUACUCUUCGCAGCGACUAUUAUCUGGCCAUUAGAAUAUAAAUUUGGCAAUAUCACUGCUUUAAUGGAAAAAUUAUAAAUCAUCAUCAUUACCCUCAUCAUCAGUAUUAUGGAUUAAGUACUUUAUCUCUUCCCGUUACAGGAAUUAUGGAUGUCUCUUCUGUUUUCCUGCUGGCAUGAUUUUAUUCUUUGUGUAUAAACACACAAUCUCUGUGAUUCGGUUUUCAAGCUUUCUGUCCAAAUGCUGCAGGCGCACCUUUUGGUAUUUUUUUAUUAAUGGACUGACCCUGUUAUUCCCAGUCAUUCUUUGAUAUUUUCAUUGCAUUUAUAAUCUUUCAUUCUGAAUCCUGCAUGCACUUAAGGGAAUAAAAUUACAGAUGGAACUGAUAACGAAACUGUUGUUCCCACUGUAUCUGAUUUGCAUUUACUAAUAAUGCCACAAAACCAUCUAAGAUUAUAAUGGUUCAAUUAAAAGAAUUAUGAAGGUUUCUUCCUUAGGUCCCUUACUUAUGCAAACAAUGAUCUAUUUUGAACAUGCUUUUAAAUAGCACACUGGCAAUCAUACAGUAUCUGUGUUACCCCUUACUGUACCAAUGAUGAUGGCACAAUAGGUAAAUUAUAAGACUGUCAUUUAGUAAGAACCUAUAAUGAAAAAUGUGUCCAAUUUUUUUAAUAAAACCAAUAUUUGGCAGGUGUAAAUGGCUAAAACUAACAGUUUCCAACCCAAUAGGGCAUGAUUUGCUAGAACUCCCAUCUGGCCUAAGUAGCAUGGUUAGUUUUCUGUACCGCAUGUAAUUCAUAUACUCAGCAUAUUUAUAGAUAACAAUUAACCAUGAAAAGUUUAACUUUUUGGAUUAUUCUUCUGAUUUUAGACAUCAUCAUGUCUCUUACAAUUUUGUUCCAUUUUCAUGAAGGUAUCUUGAAAUUCCUGUACAGAUAAGUCAUUGCAACUAGUUAAUUAGACAGUUUAAUUGGUGUUAUGUAUUGCCUGAAAAAUAUAUUUAAAUGUUCAUUUUCAGUUAUUCUUAAAUAUGUUUUGCUUAACAACUUGUCCUAGACAACAAUGCAUUUAAUACAGCAUUUUCAGGUUAGGUUAGGUCUGCACUCACAACACUGUGUCCCUCGUCUUAACUACUUUCAACUCUAGUCUUACUGUUCCAAAAUAUCGUGUUCCACCUGGCAUUGCAGUAAUUUCCUAAAAGCUGACACAGUGUAUUUAAAAAUCAUGACAUUCAUAUAAACCAUAGCUACACUAUAAUAAGAUCAGGGAGAUCAAUGUAAAAAUUGAAAUAUAGAAUUUAUAAAAUGAAUUGCUCCAUUGCCAAACAGCCUUUCAAAAAUAACUUCAGAUGAAAAAUUGUUCACACUUUAGAGUCUACUGGUAACAGUCAGUUAUCAUUCUCUCUAACUUCUGUAUUCAUUAUAUGCUGGAAUAUGGCUGAAACAUAAAAGCAAUGGAGGAUCUACACCCAACAUACAGAACAUGUGGCAGAUGACAUCAGUGGAGGUGAAAUAACAAUGCAACUAACACACAUGAGUGUGCAGUAAUGACACAUAUUUGCAAUAGCAUGCACAUGAACUGAUGAGACAUGGACAACAUUGUGUUAACGCUUGCUAAGUAACUAAUUUACUUACUAGCUCCAAAGAUUAGACUCCUUCUUGAAAAACUAACAGUCG